AUGGAGUCGCAGUGCGACUACUUCAUGUUUCCGGCCGUGCCCUUCCCGGCGGGCGAGGCGCUCUCGGCUGAGCCGGGCCGCUACCGAGCCCUGCCGCGCCGCAACCACCUCUACCUGGGCGAGACGGUCCGCUUCCUGCUGGUGCUCCGCUGCCGCCCCCCCGCCAGCAGCAGCAGCAGCGGCGGCGCCCCGCCGCCCUGGGGGGAGCUGGCCGGCUCCCUGGCCGCCCUUGGCCAGCAUCAGCCCCGCCGCCGCGCCCCCGCAGACGACCAGGCGGCGCCCCCCGGCCACAGCGCCGCCCAGCAAGAGGAGGCGCGCUUCCGCCGCUGCCCGCCCCUCCUGACCCACGGCGGGCCCCCGGCGGGGAGACCGGCGGCAGGCGUGCCCCUCGAAGAGCCCAUCGUCUCCCCCGAGGAGGUGAUCUUCCCGCUGACGGUCUCCCUGGACAGGCUGCCCCCCAGCACCACCAAGGCCAAGAUCGUGGUGACCGUCUGGAAACGGGACCAAGAGAAAGCGGAGGUGCGGGAGCGCGGCUACUUGCGCAUCCUGCAGGAUCGCGCCCCUUCGCAGACCUUCCGCGAGGAGCAGGGAGCCUUCAAGGCACAAGUGAGCACCUUGCUGACGGUCCUGCCUCCCCCGGAGCUGAAAUGUCAACAGUGCCACGUGUCCGGGAAACACCUGACGGUCCUGAAAGUUCUGAACGCCGCCUCCCAGGAGGACCUCUCUGUGUGGGACGUGCGGAUCCUACCCAAUUUCAACGCCAGUUACCUCCCCAUGAUGCCCGACGGGUCUGUCUUGCUAGUGGACGAUGUCUGCCACCAGUCGGGCGAAGUCUCCAUGGCCUCCUUUUGCCGUGUGGCCUCAGCCGCCUCUGUCUGCCCCUGCUCCCUCCGCGCUCUAGAGGAGCAGAAUUUCCUCUUCCAGCUGCAGGCCCCGGAGCAGCCCCCCCCCAGCACCAAGGAGGGCCUGGAGGUUCCUCUCAUCGCGGUGGUCCAGUGGUCCACCCCCAAACUGCCGUUCACCCCCCGCAUCCACACUCACUACAGGCUACCCAGCAUCCGCCUGGCCCGUCCGCGCUUUGUGAUGACGGCGGAGUGCGAGUCGCCAGUGGUCCUGCACCACCGCUUCACCGUCACUUACACCCUCCUCAACAACCUGCAGGACUUCCUGGCCGUGCGCCUGGUGUGGACGCCAGAAAGCGCAGCUGCCGGCAAGACCCUUUCCUGUGCAGAACGGCGGGCCGUCCAUGACACCCAGGACUCAAUCAUCUGCCACACACCCCUCAACAACCUGGGCUACUCUCGCAAGGGCAGUGCCCGCACCUUCUGCGUCACCUUCCAGGCUCUGCGGGCUGGCCUCUAUGAGCUGUCCCAGCACAUGAAGCUGAAGCUGCAGUUCACCGCCAGCAUCUCCAACCCGCCCCCCGAGGCCCGGCCUGUCUCCCGCAAGAGCAGCCCCGGCAGUCCCGCCGUGGUCCGGGAGCUGGUGGAGCGGCACCAGGCCAGCCUGGGCCGCUCCCAGAGCUUCUCCCACCAGCAGCCGGCCCGAGGGCACCUCAUGAGGUCCGGCAGCGUCAUGGAGCGCCGAGCCAUCACUCCGCCUGUGGGCUCCCCUGUCGGCCGACCCCUUUACUUGCCCCCGGACAAGGCUGCGCUUUCCCUUGACAAAAUCGCCAAACGGGAGUGCAAAGUGCUGGUGGUGGCACCUGUCACGUGAUGGGGGCAGGACCCCCCCCCCCCCCCCCCCGGCAGCUUGCCUUCCUGCUUCGGCUCAGUCACACACACCCCGAACAGAUUCCUGGAGGAGGUGGAGGCUGCAGUCUUGCAAAUACAGCCCUGUCAAGCACCCGCUCGUCCUCCUCCUCUGGACUUCGCCUGCUGUGCCAUUUCCUGCCUGCCCUGGACCACCUCCUCCUCCUCCUCUCUGGGAGUGAAAGGAAGAAGGGCAUCCUUUGCUCCCUCUCCCCUGGCUGUCCCCCCCUUCUCCGUGAGCAUGUCCGUGAGGCCAAAUCCCUUCCUAAGUAAUGCAGAGGGGCAGCCCCUCCCCCCCUGCAUGGCAGCUACUGCAAGGUGGUUUGGAGACUGGCCAUUGUGCCCCCCAGCCCACCCUCUGAGGCUGGACUCCCACACAGAGAACUGUGCCACUUUGUACUACUGGGAAAGGGACAGGUUUCUUAUGUGGAGGGGGGAGCAGUUAAGGCCACUGGUUGCUCCCCCCCGUAUCCCAGGGAGGGGCCAGGUGCCCGAGACACCCCCCCUCCGCCCAGGUGCACUUUAUUUAUUAUUUAUACGUAUGUUUUUAUUUGCCUCAGAAGCUGCUCCCAAUGUGUGUGUGAAUAAACUUCAGUCUGUCA